AUGCCAUGCGCUGCUGCAGAAUAUGACGAUACUCGGGUGCACUUACAGAGCGAAAGUGGGGCAGAUUAUAUCAACGCAUCGUACAUACACGGCUUUAAAAGUCCUCUGAAAUUCAUAGCUGCGCAAGGUCCCCUGAACUCGACGGCUGUAGACUUUUGGAGUAUGGUCUGGCAGGAGGGAUCUCGGGAGAUCGUCAUGGUCACCAAUCUACUGGAAGAUGGCCAGCACAUGUGCCACAUGUAUUGGCUAGGAAAGGGAGAACGCGGUAGUUAUGGAAACAUCACUGUGACACAGGAGAAGUCUAUAGAACGUGCACACUACACAGUUCGCAUCUUCUUGCUGCAUCACCGUAAGGAGGACACUCGGCGUGAAGUGACCCAGUACCACUACACCUCGUGGCCAGACCAUGGAGUUCCCACGGCGCCCUCUCUCGUCAAUUUCUGGAGACAUGUCAACAUAUGCAGCAAGCAAAAUGACGGACAAGCAGGACCAAUAAUUGUCCACUGCAGUGCUGGAGUGGGUCGGACAGGUACUUUCAUCGGUCUUGACAUCUUGAUGAAUGAGGCGCUUGUGGAGGAGAAAGUGAACUUCUUCAUCGUCGUCCUCAACAUGAGGGACCAGAGGAUGAACAUGGUGCAGACACAGGGACAGUAUAAGUUCCUCCACUGGGCUGUCCUCGAGGCACUCUUCAGCAGGGAUUCGCCGGUAGUGGCUAGAGAACUGCCAGCUAUGUUGGAAGCAGGCAACAUCGUAAUCCAGGAGGAAUACGAGAAUUUGGAAGUUAUGAUGUCACUCCAGAGAGACCAGAAGACUGACGCAAAGCCAGAUCCCACACAAGAAGAUGGUGAUGAUCUAUUCAAUUUCAAUAUAACACCUCUGCCGUCGUAUUUCAACAAGAAGGGCUUCCUCAACAUCGGAGUGGUUAAGGAGCCUUCUCUCGAAGAACUAUGGCAGCUGGUAUGCGGGAACAGUUCUGGUACCAUCAUCACCAUCAGCCAGAUUUGA